GCCGUCUUUUUGUCUUUUUUUUUUUUUGUUUUUUUUUUCUUUUUUUCUUUUUUCCUUGUUUGUGUUGUUUUGCUUGGUUGGUGUGCAUCGCAAUGGGACUACUGGGAAUACCAUGGGUGUUUGGCGUCGCUGUUGCACCAUUGCCUUUCGCACAUGGCACACUGGGUUGGGUAUCAUUUAGAGCUAUCUACAAAGUAUGGCUAUCCUUUUUCGUCAUCGUCUUCAUCCGCGUGCGAGCAGUGUUGAUGCGUGCGAGCGGUGUUGAUGUGUGCGAGCAGUGUUGAUGCGUGCGAGCGGUGUUGAUGUGUGCGAGCAGUGUUGAUGUGUGCGAGCAGUGUUGAUGCG